UGUGUGCCGAGUGCUGAAGGAUGUUGCACUUUACAUGCCUCCUCUUAUGGCACGUUGCACUUUCUAUGCCUCCCCUUAUAGCAUCUCCAUCGCCCUCACUUCUUUCUGUCUUUAGUCUGCCUUCUGCAUCUCCCCGUCUUGUCUUUGCACAUCUCCCCGCGCCACCAUGGAGGCCAUCAAGAAGAAGAUGCAGAUGCUGAAGCUGGACAAGGAGAACGCCAUCGACAGGGCGGAGCAGGCCGAGACGGACAAGAAGGCGGCCGAGGACAAAUGCAAGCAGCUGGAAGAAGAGCUGAUGGACCUCCAGAAGAAGAUGAAGCAGACGGAGGAUGAAUUAGACAAGUUCUCUGAGGGCCUGAAGGACGCUCAGGAAAAACUGGAACUGUCGGAAAAGAAAGCUGCAGACGCAGAGGGUGAUGUCGCAGCUUUGAACCGUCGCAUCCAGCUGGUGGAGGAGGAGCUGGACCGGGCCCAGGAGAGGCUGGCCACCGCGCUGCAGAAACUGGAGGAGGCCGAGAAGGCCGCGGACGAGAGCGAGAGAGGAAUGAAGGUGAUCGAAACCCGAGCCAUGAAGGACGAGGAGAAGAUGGAGAUUCAGGAGAUGCAGCUGAAGGAGGCCAAGCACAUCGCAGAAGAGGCCGACCGCAAAUAUGAAGAGGUGGCUCGCAAGCUGGUGAUCCUGGAGUUGGACUUGGAGAGAGCCGAGGAGCGGGCCGAGCUCUCAGAAUGUAAAGCCGGCGACUUGGAGGAGGAGCUGAAAAAUGUCACCAACAACCUGAAGUCCUUAGAAGCCCAAUCUGAAAAGUACUCUGAAAAAGAGGACAAGUACGAGGAGGAGAUCAAAGUUCUGACUGACAAGCUGAAGGAGGCUGAAACCCGUGCAGAGUUUGCAGAGAGGUCCGUUGCCAAACUGGAAAAGUCCAUCGAUGACCUGGAAGAGAAAUUGUCACACGCCAAAGAGGAGAACGUGGGUAUGCAUCAAGUCCUGGACCAGACCCUGCAGGAACUGAACAGCUUAUAAACACACACACAAAAGAUGACAUGUAACAUUCCAUUUAACUUCCACUCCAUUCCCAGAAGUAGAAUCCUUUUUUGGGGGUGGGGGGUUUAAAUUCAUGUCCCCUGAUGGUCCUUUAUCUUUUUAAAUGAGUCUAUUUUAUUUUGAAAGACCGGAAGUCAAAAUACAUCCAAUGUGUCCCCAUAAUGAAGCAUUUAAACUGAAACAUCACGCAAAUGAAAAGAAGGAGAUUUCACUCCAGCAGCGCCUCCCAGUGGUGACAGACAGAGGAAUACUGCGCAUGCGUCUGUUCACACAGCUGCAACAAUCCCCAAGUCUUUUGAUUGAUUGAUUGAUUGAUUGAUUGAUUGAUUGAGUGAUCCUGGUACAAUACAAGAAAUAAAGUAUUUGUAUUUUAUACAAGUUAGCUUAUUUGACAAACUUUUUUUUAAUUGCUACAAAUUAGUCUUUUUGAAUGACUUUGUUAUAAUGUGAGCAUUCUCCAAAUAAGGUGAAUCAAGCUUACUUCAUGUAUAUCUUAUGUCACAAUAAUGUUGCUUUCUAGGACUUUUUCAUGCCGGGGGACUUUCAACACCAACGGAAACUCACACAAUACAUUUGCAAUACUUUUUUUUUGUUUUGAUGUCACCUCAUGCCAAGGUCAUUAUUCCGAUAAAGCUGCCAAUUGUUCUUAAUAAAUGUUUUACAGAAUUGCACGGUGAA